UAUCGUUAUCGAUAAAAUCCCAUAAAAUAUCGAGAUAUCAUUUUUUUGUCAAUAUCGCGCACACCUAACUGUUCCUUGUUACAUUGUAUGUCAAACCAAAAAAUGCUUUGGUAUUUAUAUUAUUCUUCAGAUAAUAUUCAUAUUGCUACCGUAAGUGCUUAAUCAAAAUUUCAGGGGAUUUCCACUUUCACUUUACAAAGGUGUUGUCUGCCAUAGCAAUGUUUUAUUGUGAGUCAUUGGGAAGUAUUCAAGGGUCUUUAUACAGGACCAAAUAAAUGUUUCUGGGCUGCAACCGAAAGCAAAGGCUGCUGCAUUAAGAACAAUGUAGUAGUGUUUCAGUUUUCACUUGGCAGCAAAAGUUACUUUCACUAUCAGACUGGCACAGCUUACUCCGAAGCAUCGGCAACACUGACACAGUUGCCAUUUUGGACGAAAUAAUUGACGUUUAUGAAUUAAAUACUCCUUUCAGCUGCUUCAUCACAUGCCAUUUGUGCUUUUUUUACACCAACUUCAGAACUGCACACACAGGAUUGUGGGGUAUCUUAGUUAGCGAAAAACAUCUACUGUAUGCUGCCUUCAUAAACUGACCUCAGUAGACAAUUGUUAGGCGAAUAUUGUAUUUGGUUGUGUCUUGGUGUCUUCCUACCUCCGUAUACUGCAAAAACAGUGUUUUUUAUUUUUCAGAUGUAUAUCACAAUAUAUAUUAAUUUCAGAAGAUGGGAACACAUUGUGCUCAGUAUAUGGAAGCAUUUCAUUUAUGGUAUUAGUAGUAGGGGUUGGGAUCUGUUCAUGGCAUGUAUAUAUAAUCUCUUCUAUAUUAAUUCCUAGUAACAAAGGAGAAGUGAGAUGGAGAUGUGGUCUCAUGAUUCGUCCAUGCACAGGACAUUAGCGCCAUUAGUUUUCUUCUGGAAAAAGUACAUGCGAAACUGUCCUCACCUGACCUGGUUGUCCUUAAACACAGUGUAUUAUAAAGCAGACAAAUGGACUCUGAUGAGGGGAUUUUUUUAUCCAGGAACAAAAGCAUAGAUAAUUGGCUUUAGUAUGACGAGGAGGAAAUUAAGCAUUGCAAUGAGUGUGUCUCGCGGCUGCUGUGCAGUCAUGGUUCCAUUUGAGGACGUACUGUCUCGGGUGAGAAAAGCUUUACAGGUCAGCCCUAGCCUACUGCACGAGCUUCUCAGAGAGCUGCACGAGGACAAUGUCUUCUCCACCCAGUAUUACCAGUCUCUCUACAAGGAUGGUGAAGAUGGAGAGCAGCAUUUGCGUGACGUUUUUUAUAAUGAUCCAGAAGAUCUGGCCAGAAGACUCUCUUUGCCUAUCUGGCAAAACUGGGACAUCAGUCAAGGCAUCCUGGAUUCAGUACUCUCCAAAGAGGAGGAUAUGGUUCCUUCUGAUGCUGAAUCGCAAGAUAUUGUCCCAGACCCAAUGUCUGAACUUUUACCUGACAAUGUCAUCUUAGAAUAUCUCGACUCACUUGAGGAGUUUAUUGAAGAAGAUUUCGAUCCCAAAUUCUUUGAUAACUUUUCAGCAGUUGACACAGACACAACCUGCACGCCAAUACCAGAAGAUGCUUCUUUCCCAGAUGAAGUGCAAAGCAGAAAGCGAAAAGUUGAUGCAACUUCAGACAAAACCCGCAGAUCCAAACGCAACAAAAAAGCAACAGCGUGGCCUGAAAGUCCCUCAAACGGAAGGCUGCCCAACAUUACCCCUGAGAGUAGUUUCCAUCUGAGCUCAAACCCAUUCCAGCAUGUAUUACGCAUUCCCUUCAGCCCCCCUCUUCUGCCCCCUAGUGGAGGUUCACCACUACAAUUCAUCCAGACCAUCGGCCCUUAUACGGCGCCUCUAAUUGGCACUGUGGUUCCAACAGGGCCUACAUACGUGAUUGUAUCUGCAGUGUCGCCCCAAUGUGUGAGUCCAGGCACUCAGAUAAUUCCGCUUUCACCUGCCGAUGGCACAGUUGCCCCGCCAGAGCUCACUGGUUCCGUACUUCCAGUUGGCUCAUCUUCAGACAGUGCAUGCCAGGGUUUGCCACCAGUAUCUGUAGACACACUCUCCCCUACAAAAGAAGGAAACCCACAAAAAAACUAUGAUUCCACACCUCCAAAAACCGAAAGGAAAAUCCGCCCAGAAGCACCAGAAUGUGUUAAGGACUACAUACAUCACAUAAAAUCCUACAUGAGAGAUGUCUGCUGCUCUAUGCGUGGGGGAAUGGGAAUGGAGUCACACUAUGUGGACACGCAUCUGGUCCAGAGGAAACUCCUUAUCAAAUCCGGCAAGAAUGCAAAUAAGUGUUUGGAGAAAGAACUGGUCAUCCUUAGUGAUUCAGAGCGAAAGAAAGCAAAGCUGGACAGAAGCCAGUUGUUUCAUAACAGUGAUUCCAGACUAAAACAGUCAGUCACUCUCCUUGGAAAAGCCGGAGUGGGAAAAACCACAUUCAUUCAGCAUUUAUGCUUGGACUGGGCGAGCGGCAGCCUGCCUCAAUUCCAGUUUGUUUUUUUGUUGAACUGUAAAAUUUUAGACCUCACACAAUCAAACUACAGCUUGAAAGGUUUACUGUUCGAUUUGUCUAUGGCUCCUCGCUGCAAGGACUCAGACUCUGUGUUCAAACACAUUCUGUCCUGUCCUGAUGAAGUUCUAAUUAUCUUUGACAGCUUUGAUCACAUUAAAGACUUUGAGGGGCUUCUCCAGUCCCCUGCAAAAUCACACACAAACACUAAAUACACCAUCAAACAGCUAUUUUCUGGUUUGUUCCAAAAGGAAAUCCUCUCGGGCUGCACGCUUCUCAUCGCCACGAGGCCUAAAGACGUUUUAAAUCAGGUGCUGCGAAAAGUGGACAGCCUUUUGGAGCUUUGUGGCUUCUCUCCUGAGGACAUUGAGUUGUAUACGUCAAAAUAUUUCGGGGAUGCUUCCCUCCAAGAAAGUGCACUAAAACAGAUUAAGAAUCACAGAUACAUAUCCAGUUUAUGCUCCAACCCGCUACUUUGUUGGACUACCUGCUUCCUGCUCGAGCACCAAGACAGCUGCAAUGAUGAUUUGCCUUCAACCCUCACGGACUUGUACCAAAGAGUGACCUCAAAGCAUCUGCAACUAGCUAGCCUUGAAAAUAGCUCACUGUGUAAAAAUAGAAAACAGCUGGACAUCCCACAGUUGUGCAAAAUGGCAUGGGAGGGACUCGAGAAUCAUGAUACACGUGUAAACCCUGCCAGUUCUACAGAGCUGCUGGACUGCUCUCUUAAAAGUGGCAUACUUGCAUCCUACAAAGCAUCUGAGCAUCAGGAAAACCACUUUGUAGACCUUUUCACUCAGAACCUCCUGAGCGCUGUGCACCUUGUACAGUCUAAACAGGUGAACGAAAAAAUGGUGGUGGCAAACAGCGUAGUCCAUCAGAAGAAACGAAAGGUUCAGGGAGAGUCACAGGACGUGCUGCAGAGGUUUGUCACGGGCUUGGUCUUCCAGAAGGCUGCUGAUGGAGUCAGCAUUCUGGACAGCAGUGUCAACAUAAAAGCCAAAAGAAAGGCUGUCGAAACCCAUCUGGAGAGCAUGAAGCCUAAUGAUUUGGUUCCUGCCAGGUUACUAGAACUGUUUCAUUGUGUUUACGAGACCAGCAGUGCCAAAUUUGCCAAACUGCUGUUGAAGAACCUGCCUGACAAUCUGUCAUUCUAUGGGACGCAGCUUUGCCCAUUGGACGUGUAUGUUAUAUGCCAUCUCCUUCAACAAGCCAGCGCAUUGAAGCGGACCUUCUCCAUUAACCUGCAAGAUACAUGCAUUCCCAUCUGUGGCCUCAAAGAGCUUGUGGGACUCAAAUGUAUCAAAUCAUUCUGGGCACAUACAGCAGACACCAUUGGCUUAUGGGAGGACUUGCAUCAAAGCAAUGAUGAACUGAACCUGAAAAGUGCCAUUGAGAAAUUCACCUUGCACCCAUUCAAGGCAACACAAGGGUAUCACAUAGAGAACCUGCCUGUACUUGUCCAAAUUCACAGAGAGAAGAAGUUACCAAUGAGUGAAUUUGUGUCUGCUCUGGAUGAAGGUGUACCAGCCCUCCGGCAUCUUCAGAGACUGGAAUUUGAGCUCGGAGUCCAGAACGGUCCUGAACUUUUCCCUAAACUCAUAGAGGUCCUGCCUUCGCUGCAGUCUCUCCAACAUCUGGACCUUGAGAAAAACCAAAUAGGAGACUCUGGCGCUGAGAAGCUUGCUGGCGUUUUACAUUUUUUGGAAUGUCUGAAAUUGCUAAAUCUGUCUCAAAACCUCAUUGGAGAUGCUGGAGUGGAGAAACUGGCUAAAGCUUUGCCAUCAGUCCCUUCUCUACAGAGCCUCAGCCUCUAUGGAAAUGUAAUUUCUGACAGUGGAGCUGAACAUCUGGCCUUGGUUUUACCAGACAUGAACUUCCUGCAGGACUUGGAUGUUAAGUUCAACAAGUUCACAGACAUUGGAGCUACAAAGCUCAGUGCUGCUCUGAAAAACUGCACAGGAAUGAAGUCUCUGGAGCUGUGGAAUGACUGCAUUCCAUAUGGAGUUUUUGAACACCUCCGUCUUCAAGAUCCACGGAUAAGAUCACUUUAGCACAUUUUGACAUUUAAAGGGGUCAUAUGAUGUUGCUAAAAAGAACAUUAUUUUGUGCAUUUGGUG